GCUGCAAACUUUGAUAUUGCAGUAAAAUACAGACAAUAUCGGUCGAUACAGUCUCAGUGGUGGUUUAAAAUACCGUCGUAGAGAAUUUUAAAACCUUUAUACUGUGAACUGUAAUUUAGAACCAUGAUUCAUCUAUUAGUUGCCAAAGUCAAGAGAGUGUUGCAAGGCUGUGGUGCAAUAGCUACAAAUCAGGCUGAUGUGAAGCUUUUGGGAUUUACAGGAAGCCCAUUUGUGUGCAGGGUACAGAUUGCUCUAAAGUUGAAGGAAAUUGAAUACAAAUAUGUUGAAGAAAAUUUGGGCAAUAAAAGUGAUCAACUUAUCAAAUAUAAUCCAGUUUAUAAAAAGGUUCCAGUUUUUGUUCACAAUGAUAAGCCCAUAUCAGAAUCACUUGUGAUUCUUGAGUACAUUGAUGAGAUUUGGAAACAAAAUCCAAUUUUGCCUAAUGAUCCUUAUCAAAGAGCAAUGGUCGUUUCUGGUCCAAGUUCAUAG